UCAACCAAUAGCAGCGUUUGUUACUGUGCUGUCGUUCUGUAAGUACUGCGCACGCGUGAAUGCCGACAGCGUUUUGUAGGCAGCAAGUCGAGAGCUCACGCGUUAAAGGCCAUGGAUUCUCAGAAAGACAUUCAGCCUCCUAAACAGCAGCCGAUGAUCUAUAUCUGUGGAGAGUGUCACACAGAAAAUGAGAUCAAGGCCAGAGACCCCAUCAGAUGCAGAGAGUGCGGAUACAGGAUCAUGUACAAGAAGAGGACCAAAAGACUGGUUGUUUUCGAUGCCCGAUGAGACAAAUCUGCUGUUUUCCUGUUAGAAUUAGCCUUUUUUUUAUGUUUGACUGUGUAAAUACAUGUAUACAAUUUGAGUAGGCAAAUCAAAAUUGAGUAAAACACAAUUUACAAAAUAAUUAAUGAGUGGAUGUUUUCUUUUUGUAUUGCAGUUUAGAAUUAUAAACUGACUUCGGUGUAAACCCUGCUCAAAUCAAGCAGUGAGUUGUUCUUGUAGUUUAGGAUGGAUGAAGGGAUUUUUUCCCCAUUAGAAAUGGAAAUAUUAUCAGCCGUCAUUGAGGUGCGGUUACAUUACCGAAAUUUCACAAGCAAAAUAGGUCUAUUUUACGUGACCAACUUGAGAACCUGUUGUGAAAUCUGCGUGGGGAAAGGUUUCGCCCAGUCACAUGAAUUCCUGUUGAAAAGCAAAUAUAAAUUAAAGAAUGUAAAAAUA